AAGAUACAAAACCAAGUCAAUUCCCAGCCAAAUCACCCCUCUUCUCCAAUUCAAACUCAUCAACAACAUACCAACUCCAAAUCUCCAAAUCUACAACACUUUCAAUCCAUAAUCACCAAUACUACCAAUACUUCCUCCAAACACUCCUCACACAACCGUCAUCAUGCCUCGCGGAGAAGCCCAACAAACCAAGAUCCACUACAAGGGAAAGGAGGACGAUUUCAUCAUCUUCGUUGACGACGCAAAAGCUGCUAAGGACUGGCUGUCGGACUCUUCCAUCCCACUGGCACAAGUCGUGAGCUCCUUCCAGGUCUUCAUCACUCACAAGUAUGCUGUUUACCCCUCAUUCCUCAUUCAGCCCGAUUUCCCAGUACCCCGCACCAUUUUGCACUAGGCAAUACGAAAACAAACAUGACACGACUUUGGCUCACGAGACGGUCUUUCAAUUUUUAUUGCCUACAUCGCCCUGGUUAUCUACGUUCUCUUGCUAACGCAUUUCUAAUUAGGCACGGAGCACAAGGAACACUUGACACUGCCUCAAAAUCAACCCUCGAGAACGAAUUUGGCACAUCCGUCGAGGAUGAAGUCAUCAAGAAGAUCUUGAAGCAAGGUACUCUCCAAGAAACACAAGUAAGUCAACCCCCACCUCCCUAUCCAAUCCACACUAACCCUCUCCCAGGACGCUGAAAGACAAGGACCCAAGAACGACAGCAUGGGUGCUCGUGCCGCACACUAAACAUCUCCUUCCUACCUACCUUCUCACUUGUCCUUUCCCACACAUAAUCUAUGUCCGUGGUGACAACCCCCAAAGCGAAAAUGAUUUGCUACGUUUCCUCUUCUUUCUGAAAGUUAAAGCGAACAAUGUUUUUUACACGAUGGUCUGACUGGGAGGAUCUAUCUUCUUUCCUGUUUUUAUGAAUUGACGAUCAUCGAUGAUGGAUUUUGAUGGUUCUGGGCGCGGAUGCGAUGGAGCUUGUAGCUCUGGAAGUCGGGCU